CGGCGGCUGCAGGCGGUCCUGGAAUGUGCGAGGGGCGUGAUGACAGCGACUGCCGCCGGCCUCUUUGCGUAACACCUUCGCUAUAUAUACCCGGCGCGCCGCUGCGCUCCACCUGGCUGCCUCCUUCUGUGCCUUACCUGCAAAGGGAGCGCUGACCAUGGCUCCUUGGCCUGAGUUGGAAAAUGCCCAGCCCAACCCCAAUAAAUACAUCGAAGGGGCCAUGAGUCAUCAGUCCACACCAGCCAAAGGCAAGGAGACUGGCAAAAAUGACAGCAGUGGUCCUGCAGCCAAAAUUGAACUUUUGCCCUCGUACUCCACUGCGACUCUGAUAGAGGAGCCCACUGAUGUGGAAGACCCCUGGGACCUGCCCGCACUCCAGGAUACUGGGAUCAAGUGGUCAGAGAGAGACACCAAAGGGAAGAUCUUAUGUGUCUUCCAAGGGAUUGGAAAAUUCAUUCUGCUCCUGGGGUUCCUCUACUUGUUCGUGUGCUCCUUGGAUGUCCUCAGCAGCGCCUUCCAGCUGGUUGGAGGAAAAAUGGCCGGGCAGUUCUUCAGCAACAACUCCAUCAUGUCCAACCCCGUGGCGGGACUGGUGAUCGGGGUGCUGGUGACCGUCAUGGUGCAGAGCUCCAGCACCUCCUCAUCCAUCAUCGUCAGCAUGGUGGCCUCCUCAUUGCUGACCGUGCGGGCAGCCAUCCCCAUCAUCAUGGGGGCCAACAUCGGGACCUCCAUCACCAACACCAUCGUGGCGCUCAUGCAGGCCGGAGACCGCAGCGAGUUCAGGAGGGCUUUUGCAGGGGCCACCGUCCAUGACUUCUUCAACUGGCUGUCUGUACUGGUGCUCUUGCCCCUGGAGGCUGCCACCCACUACCUGGAGAUUCUGACCAACCUGGUGGUGGACACCUUCCACUUCCAGAAUGGAGAAGAUGCCCCAGCACUUCUGAAAGUCAUCACAGAUCCCUUCACGAAGCUCAUCAUUCAGCUGGAUAAAAAAGUCAUCCACCAAAUUGCAAUGAAUGAUGAAUCGGCCCAAAACAAGAGUCUGAUCAAGAUUUGGUGCAAAACUUUUACAAAUACGACUCAGAUGAAUGUCACCGUCCCCUCGCCUGAGAACUGCACUUCCCCUUCCCUCUGUUGGACGGACGGCAUCUACACGUGGACCAUCAAGAACGUGACCUACAAGGAGAACAUUGCCAAGUGCCAGCACAUAUUUGUGAAUUUCAACCUCCCGGAUCUGGCUGUGGGCAUCAUCCUGCUGAUUGUCUCCCUGAUGGUCCUCUGCGGCUGCCUGAUCAUGAUUGUCAAGCUCCUGGGCUCUGUGCUCAAGGGACAGGUUGCGGUUGUCAUCAAGAAAACCAUCAACACUGAUUUCCCCUUUCCCUUUGCCUGGGUGACCGGCUACCUAGCCAUCCUCGUCGGAGCGGGCAUGACCUUCAUCGUGCAGAGCAGCUCAGUGUUCACAUCUGCCAUGACCCCUCUGAUCGGUAUCGGUGUGAUAACCAUUGAGAGGGCUUAUCCGCUCACUCUGGGCUCCAACAUCGGCACCACCACCACCGCCAUCCUGGCCGCCUUAGCCAGCCCGGGCAACACUCUCAAGAGUUCUCUCCAGAUCGCCCUGUGCCACUUUUUCUUCAACAUUUCUGGCAUUUUGCUGUGGUACCCAAUUCCGUUCACCCGCCUGCCGAUCCGCCUGGCCAAGGGGCUGGGCAACAUCUCCGCCAAGUACCGCUGGUUUGCCGUGUUCUACCUGAUCUUCUUCUUCUUCCUGACCCCGCUGACGGUGUUCGGCCUCUCGCUGGCCGGCUGGCCCGUGUUGGUGGGCGUGGGGGUGCCCAUCAUCCUCCUGCUGCUGCUGGUGGUCUGCCUCCGGCUCCUGCAGUCCCGCUGCCCACGUGUCCUGCCCAUCAAGCUCCGCAAUUGGAACUUCCUGCCCCUGUGGAUGCACUCCCUGAAGCCCUGGGACAACCUCAUCACCUUGGCCACCAGCUGCUGCCAGCAGCGCUGCUGUUGCUGCUGCCGCGUGUGCUGCCGGGUGUGCUGCCUGAUGUGCGGCUGCGGCAAGUGCUGCCGCUGCAGCAAGUGCUGUGAGGACCUGGAGGAGGUGCAGGAGGUGCAAGGUGUCCCCAUGAAGGCCCCCGAGGCCUUCGAAAAUGCUGUCAUGAACAUAGAAGCCCAGGAUGAGGUCAAGGCCCACGCUGAUGUCCUGGGCACCAAGGCCAUCUGCAAUAGCACGGCCUUCUAGGACCACCCGGAGGUUGGGGGGACCUCAGGUGCUGAGUGCCCCGCCCUCCCUGCCUUCGCAUGCUUUCCGCUGCCUCACAGGGAUUUGUCCCUUGUGGGGAGCUUGACGUCAGGCCUAGCUCUUCUUCCCUUACUCAGACUGUCAGCUUCUGUGCCCUAGGGCCCCCCUCCCAGAAGGCACAGGGCAUCACGGAGGGAGAUGAGGACAACCAAGGUGGCCAGGAGGUGGCCACAGCCACUCCUACACACAGGUGAAAUAGGAUGUUCUCAGACUGAACCUGCUUUUCAGAAAGAACCGCCCCCUCCUCCAGGAGGGAUUUAUGGAAGGUUCUGGAAGGUACCCAUGUAAGGGUGUGUAUAUAUACAUGUACAAAGCUGUUCUCCAUUGUGAUAAAGCCCAAGGGCCUCUUUCUUAGCAAAAACUGACUUCCCCCAAGAGUUCUUGCUCACAGCCCUCCUCCCUGCCCCAGAGCUGCCCUGUUGAGGGCAAAUAGCAAUUGUUUGGAGACUUGGACAAGAGCAUGGGAGGUGGGCUUCCCACUUCUCAAUGCUCUCCACUCUGUCAUGACUUCCCCUCCUGGGCAGGUGUGGGUGGCCCAAAAUUUACCUGCAGUGUCUUUGUCCUCAAAUUUUCAGGAUGGGUGCCAGGCCUGAGCUACAGAGAGGGUUAGGAUACAUUUUGGUUGAUCCUGUGCUGGGCUGAUGGCGGAUGAGAACAGGGAAUGGUUAGCAUUUGGGGAGAUGUUGAUUGGCCAGAGGACCUCAGGCUAAUUAGAAGUCAAAUUGAUUGACAACCAUUGAGGCUACAUUGAUGCCACUUCCUUGGCCAGAUAGUUCCCAUUGGAGCCCUUGAAACAGAACAGGCAAGUCUCACUCCCUCCACUGCUGUCAUCUCUAAGGCCAGGAAUCACCUGCUCCUGGGACAGGUCUGUUUGCCUCCAGUUCCUCUUUUGUGUAAGAUGACUUCUGGGCCAGUGGUCAGCUUCCAUCCAUGUUCACACCCACACAUACAUGCACUGAAGUCUCCAUUCAAACAUUUCCACCCUCUGUGCCUGUGAGUCUCCGGACUUUUCUAGGAAGAUAACCAGGUGCACCUAGAUUGCCCUGGGAACCAUGAUUACAUGUGACUGAGGUCUAAGGGGUGGCUCCAUGUCCCAGGUGGCCUCCUCUCUUCCUUCAUUUACACCAUUGCUGCUCACCUCAUCUGUUGUAAUUCUUCCUUGGAAGGUGAGCUUCAGGCUUAUCUGAGACCAAAGUAUCAGUGCAGCUCUGCCGUCCUCCCCCAUCCAGGCAUCUCCAUCUUGUCAGGUUGGGAUACCAAGCUGAGCCCUCUCUGACCUUCCCCCCUGUAGAUACUAAUUCCCCAAAAAGAGCCAUUUAUACUCUGUUAUUUAUAGUCACGCAUCUGUACAGCAUUUUUCAUAAGUUAUAUAGUAAAUAGUCUGUGAUUUGUGUUUUAUAGUGUCUCAUUUGGAAAUGAGACAGGGUUCUUGUGUUUUAUAGUGUCUCAUUUGGAAAUGAGACAGGGUUCUAAGAUGUAAAGCACAAAAGACCACCUUUGUAUAUUUUGUAAUACCGCCUUCCAACCUGCCUCUGGCCAUGCCACCCUGCACGCUGUAAAUAUGUAAGUUAACCUGGGCAGUGGCCGUGGCUACCCUUGCACUCUGAUUUUUAAAAAUGGAAUCCUUGUACCUGAGUUGAUUGUAUUUUUUUUAAACUGGUUAUGGGAAGGAAAAAAUAAAAAUGAUCACACCCAGAA